AUUGUAUUCCACUUUUUAUUGUAUUACAGAGGUUUAAAAACACCACUGUUUCCUUCUUAUUAUCAAGGCGAGCAGGUUCUGCCCAAGUAAAUUCCCUCCAGCGACUAGACCAACCAUUCUUUCUAUCAACUACCAACCAUUCUUUAAAUAAUUCCCCCUCACUAUAAACGAUGCCUUCUUCCAUGAACUCCCUCUGCUACAAGGACUCUGUAUUUCCCUUUCCCCAACCCGAUUACGACUCCGAGUACUAUCCUGCUUCAAAAACCGUACGACUGUCAUCUUGCACUCGUUAUAUGGAGCGCAGAGUCGUCAAGGCAUGGAAGAAAAUUACCGGUCUGACUAAAAAGCAGCACCGCGCCUCGUUCCUCCCUCCGAACUUCGUAUUCGUUACCCCAUCAGCAAAGAGGCGGAGUAUCAGAUACGUUUAUUAGGGAUGUUGCUGGACGACACUAUAUGUGGACCUUUUACAAAGGGUUAUUCUCGGGAUUUACAUGGAACUUACACGGACAUUACACGGACAUAUGGACAUAUUAUUGUCGUAUACCUAUAAUAACUAUUCCCCUGUAGCUUAGAAUCAUUAUGUGCCGUCUGUAUCCAUCUCUUUGAGAAGCUUUGAAAUCGUCAGCGGCUUCUAAGG